GCGACUAAUAGAUGGCUCCAUAAAAGGAGAGCCACGUUACAUUACAUGUCCCCCUGAAUACGCUUGUUCCCUUCUCUUGUCUCCUCUGCAACAACUCUCCAUUUCCUGAUCAUUUCAAGGAAGAUCGGUAAGUGUAAGAGGAAGAACAGAACAAGAUGUUCUUCCAGAGGAAGAACUCGAAGAAAGUCAAGGACUCUGAAGGAUCGCAGAAGAAGGGAAAAGAUAGCCGCGGGAAGAAUGACCUCUUUGAUCGUGCCAAGGGAGGGCUUGAUGCCCUUGCAGGAAGCCUCCAAUCAGCAAAGAAUGAUGCCGAGACGGCGACCGAGAAAGCGAAAGAAGUCGGAGGUCACUCCGAGGCCAGCCGUUCAAAGGAACUAGCAGAGCAAGGAAGCGAAGAACAGGGAAACAAGGACAUGGAUGCUUUCAAUAAAGUGAUGGACAAGGUGAAGAGCCACCCAGAAGUGGUGGAGAAGGUCAAGGACGAGGUCAAGAGCCUUGCUGAUGCUCUUCAUCUGCACAGGCACCACGGAUCUAAAGAUAAAGAACCUGAGUCUGAAGCGAAAGCAGAGCCAACGCAGAACGUCGACAACGGCGCCCCUGCCGACAAGGCUGAAGAAUCUAAUGUGCUGGAGCAAGCAGUAGAAGAAAUUCAGGCUGUCGUCGCAGCCGUGCAGCAGCAACAGACCACCCCCACAGCCGAAACUGGAACUGUAACUCCAACAGAGACUGCUGCUACUGCUGAAACUUCAGCUGAAGGAGAGAAGCCUGAAGAAACAAACCGGGAGGUGGAGAAAGAUGACCCGAAGAAGCGGCUCGAUUUCCUUGGGUUCUUCGCUAUGCUGUUUGAGAGGUUCUGCUCCCCUGCCAACAAGAAGAAAGAUUAAGUGACAUGCAGGUCUGGAUUUCUCGUUUUGUGAUCUUGGACUUUGGAAAGUAAAUGGAGUGCAUGGAUUGCGGGUAGUGUACAGUUUGCAGUUGUAUGCUUUCUCUUCAGACAAAUCUGCCGUUGGUUUUUACUACCUUCUACCGUUCUACGGUGAUGGAUGCAUGGAUAUGGUUUACUUGAUGCAGUUCUUGUCACCCUUGUGGAAUUGAUUUUAUUUACAUGAACAAAUGAUUUAUUUUUAAGAGCUUUGCGUA